AUGGGCUGGAACACUGCAACAGCAGAGGACCACUGGAAGAGCCAUACCGAGGAGCUCGGCCGCUGGAACGGGAGGCAGAUUCGCAAUGCGUUCUCCAUCGCCGCAUCGCUAGCACAUUUCGACGCGGAAGGAAAGAAUGGAAGAGCAGUGCAGCUGCGACAGUGCCAUUUUCAAGAAGUCGAGAAGGCUACCGUUCUUUACGACAAAUACCGGCACUUGAUCCUGACUGCAUCUGACGGCUUCAGGGCGAAGCAAUCCGAGGCUCGCAACAACGACUUCAAUAAGCACACUUUCACGCAGCGCGGGCGCGGGGCUGUCAAGGGGAACAACGCAUAUUACCCCGGGUCAAGCGUUCAGAAUACACCGAGCCGCGCCCAAGGUCCAUACGAACAAAGAGGAGGCAGCCCCCUGCCACCAUUAGCUAAGCCUAUGUUUACUCCCAGAGCUGCACCCGAGCCGACUGGCUUCUCCCAAGCCCAGCAAGUUGGCUACAAUACACCACAGCAGAAGCAACACGGCCUGUACUCUACGGCUCACGCACCCCCCCCCCCAAGACGCAAGAACGACCGUUGGGAGGAGUCUACCCACCGACCCCACAGGAUUUACAUCCUGCGCAUCAAGCGGGACAGACGUUGCAGCAAGGAGGCCAAGGCGCCUGUCUCAGCGCAGGAAGACAAGGUCUACUCCCGGAGGUUGAGUUUGGGUCGCAUGAGGAAGCAUUUGUAA